AAUACGCUAACAGCGAUUUCUAUUAACUUUUCUUAAGAGUGCAUAUUUAACUUUUGCACAUGUAUUGCUGCAGAGGACACACAUUUUCAAAGAUAAGGGCAUGAUGUCUGAUACAGAGGCUCAGAAGACCGUGGUUAAAGACAAGAACAUGCACAAAUGUAAUUUGUGCACUCUGUCCUAUGCAUCUGAAAGAGAUUUGCGAGAACACUUUUGGUCACUAAUGCAUCACACAAACAUAGAAUCCAAGAAAAAGAACAGUCAGCACAACUGCACACUCUGCUUCACAACUUGCGCAAGUAUUGCUGAAUAUCGGAAACAUCUGAGCGGUGAGAAACAUAAGAAAGCUGCAGAGGAAAAUCGUAAUGCCGUGGAUGAAAAAGAGGCAGCAGAAGACAGGGAAGCUCAACAUAAAAAGUCUGCAACAAGGGUGUCAGAUAAGAACAGUAGCACAAAGGGCAGGCAAACUUUGUCUGAUAAUGAGGAUCAGGAAGAAGAGGAACAGAGUGAAGGGUUUAGGAGAGACCCUAUUUUCUACAAGAGGAAUGAGAAAGGACAGUCAGACAAACGACAAAAAGACAUGAACAAGGAGCAUUUACAUUUGGAUCAGUCUAACCCUUACAAUGAUGGAGACUAUGAUAGAUAUGGCAAUCCAUGGAACCAAGAUUACAAUUACAAUUUCAACAGCAUGUGCCACAAUGACUAUUACCAAAAUGGCCAUCAUGGUGGAUACGGCCCUGAAGAUUUUCAAAAUCGAUAUGGUAACAGCUGUGGGUGGUUUCCACCAAGAGGUGGUUUUGUUGGCUUUCAUGGACCUCCAAGAGGGGCAGUACCUGGACCUAGAUAUCUGUCCUUUGACAGUCAUGACAAUGACAGAAUGGAUGAUGAUAUGGACUUGAAAAGGGAUGGUGGGGAGGAGGAACGUGUGAAUGUGCAUAAUAAGGAGUUUCCUUCCUAUCAAGGCCGGUACUGGAAUGAUUAUCGGCCUAAUGGGCAUCCACCUCCGCCAUGGCAUGGCCCGUGGAGCAACAGAAGUCGGAGAACCAGUGUUGGGAAAGUGUCAUUUGGAAAGAACACUGCAGAAACGUCGAUGGGGACAAAGAGUAAGAAAAAGAAGAAAGGAAAGGGGAAAAAAGGGAAGUUUAACCCUGCUAAUAUUGAAAAUCCUGACACUACAAAUGCAAGGAAAAGAUGUCGAAAUUCUGAUUCUGAAAAAUGGACCCAAAAACUUCGCGAUUGGGAGAUGUGGACAGCAUUAGUGCUGAGGCAAAGGCAGUGAUGGAUGGUUUCACAUUCCAGUUUGAUAAAGUGUUUCGUAGUGAACAUGAUGCAGAGUCACUGUCUUCCUCAGUGAGGUCAACAUCUUCUAACAAGUCCAAGUCUUCCACAAAAAGCAGAAGUAACAGUAGCAGCCCCUCAUUAAGGCUGAAGAGCCGUAGUGUCAAGAAGCUUCAGAAUAGUCGAGUCUCACCCAAGAGUAUUCGUGUGUCUCUUAAAG